AUGAAAAAUGCAGAUGGUGAUGAUCUGGUAAAUGGCACACUGCCCAAGCUCAAGAACUCGAAAGAAUGGUUGGAACCACAGCGGCUUUCUUUUAUGGAGAACUUAGCUAAAGAAGAUACUGAUGCAGCUAUUCAAUCAGUAUUAUACAGAGAAAAUUAUAUAAUUAAGGAACUAGAUAAGUAUUUACAACAUCAUGACUUCUUAAAUGCAAGAAGAAAAGAGAUAUUAUAUAAAAGAUGGGUUGAUCAUGUGGCAGAUCCUCUCCAGAAGAAAAUUAUAGAAAAAGUUUGUUCACAUAAGAAGAUUAAAAAAAGGAGACAAGAGGAAUUAGAAGGUUUUUUAAAACACGUAAAUAAAAAGGGAAAUGCAUUUAUAGAACAUUAUGAUCCAAAAGAGUAUGAUCCUUUUUAUAUGAGCAAAAAGGAUCCUAAUUUUCUGAAGGUUAUCAUCCCACCAUUUCGUGACCCUUUGAAAAAAGCACAAUAUGACGAGGAUGAUGAAAAAAGAACUCUUCUUCAGUGUGAGACUGGCAAAAUAUAUACAAUGAAAGAAUUUAAAGAGGUUGAGAAGGCCCAACUGCAUUCAAGAUUCCCAAGAAUUUCUAAUUCAAGGCCCUUUAUUACUGCAAAUGAGUGGCUUAAACUGCCUACAACAUACAUAGAAAGUGACUAUUGUAAAAGGAGCAGGUUAAAAGUGAAAGUGAAUUUUAACAAUACUAGUUUUGAUUUGAAAUGCUUGGCAAGAGCUCCUCAUCUUCUGGAAUCCCAGGAAGAAGAAACAGCCGUUACUUACAAAAACAUAGGGUCAUCCUUUCUGGAAAAAGAACCUCUAUGUUAUCAGGAGGGAAAGAAUCCAAGUCCCAAGGAGGCCAACUGUGAAGGGUACUUUUCUUCCUUGAACCUCAGCCAAGAGGCAGAAUGGGAUGAAGAUCAGGAUGUGGUUUUAGCAACCAAGGAGCACACAUCCUGAUCCUUGACUGGUGAAAGGGUACACAAAAUAAGGCUAUUUUGGAGGAAGUCAUCUGAGGAAUCAUUCAGGGUGAAGACCAAAGAAGGCACUCAAGAAUUGUUCUGUCUCUAAGAAACGCAUGUGCAACAAACUUUAGUUUAUUUUUAAGUUCAAUGUCUGUGAUCAUUAAGCAAUGGUGAUACUAUGUAUUGACAGUUACUGCAAAAGUAUUUUCCCCAGA